GGCCCGCGGGGUGCCGGGCUGCCCGGACGAUGAGGUGAUGAAGAUCCGGGUGUCCCAUGAGGAGGAGGAGGAGGAGGAGGACAAGCACCCGGCCGGGAUCUGCAGUGGGUCCCUGGACAAGUCCAUGAAAAUCGUGCUGAAGGAUGACGAGGAGGUCGGGCUCGGCGUCUCCAAGGGCCCGGCCUCCGCUGAGCCGGAUGGCCCCUUCCCCAGCCCUCGAGACCACCCCAAAAUCUACUACAUCAAGCAGGAGCGCUUCGACCCGGAGGAGGCUGCAGUGGCGGCGCUGGGCGGCGGGGCCGGGGCCGUGGGCGAAGCCUGCUUCCUCAAGUCGCUGGCGCAGGGCCGGGCGCUGGGCAUAGCCGAGGUGCAUGGCCUCUACCAGGCCAGUCUGCCGCCAGGCAGCAGCAGCGAGGUCAGCUACAUUAUCCCGGCGGCAGGCAGCACUGCCACCACCGCUAUCGCCUCCUCCUCCUCCUCGCUGGCUGCCCCCGGCUUCACCAUCAAGGCCCAGCCCCUGCCCUCGGACGAAGUCGGCUUCCCCCAAAGCUCCUGGAAGCCGGUGGACCUGCACGGCAACGAGAUCAUCGCGCACACGGUGCACGGGCAGGUGGUGCACGCGCCGGUCAAGAUCGUGGCGGCGCCUGACGGGAAGAAGUUCGGCUGCCUGUGUGGGAAGCGCUUCGCCGUGAAGCCCAAGCGGGACCGGCACAUCAUGCUGACCUUCAGCCUGCGCCCCUUUGGCUGCUCCGUCUGCAACAAGAAGUUCAAGCUCAAGCACCACCUCACCGAGCACAUGAAGACGCACGACGGGAACCUGUACUCCUGCGAGGACUGCGGGCGCAAGUUCCGUGUCCAGAACUGCUUCCUCAAGCACAAGGAGCUCUGCAAGGGGCAGGGCUGGGCCACUGCCUGCUGGACCUACAAGUAGACUGGGGCGGGCGGGGACAGCCCCGCGCCACAGCCCGCCAGGCCGGGCCCUGCCUGACCGCUCUGCCCCCCAUGCCUUUGGGCUCCCGCCCCCGUGGCUGGCGCCCUGGUGCUGGGCUGUGCUGGGGCACGUGGGAGCCAGCGAUUUGGGCCCUGCGGCUUCAGCG